CAGUGAAUAAACUUUUUAAUAUUAAGCCCCUCACAUCAACUCGAUUUGUAACUGACUAUCAGUCCUGCUUCAAGCUUAGUUAUAUAUAUAUAUAAAAACAUUCCUAUCUCAGUGGUAAGACCGAUUCCCCUUUUAUCCGAUCAGCAAUUGAUUCAAAGCAAGUUUGCCAUCCUUUCCGCUAUACAUACAUAUACAAUACGUUAGACAAAUAACACUUGCUUACCACUUAAUUUUCCAAAAAGCUACUACUCCAACAUAUUCAUAUAACAUUAGAUAUAAUGGCUCAGAGUUCAAAAAAGGAUAACUCGGUUGUCACUGAAAAACCUGACACAUCUUCUAAGACCCCAUCGAUAAAUAAUGUCAAAAACAGCAAGCCAGAAAAAGAGAGCCUGAAGGUUGUUGUUAAUGAAAAGGAAAAGAAGAAGCAAGCAUUUAUUACCAGAACCAUCUGGACCUUCGUUAUGAUUGGUUUGUUUUUCUUGUUAUUAUCAUCCGGACACUUUGCUCUUAUUCUUAUGGUGUUGCUUUUCCAAAUCUUGACCUUUAAGGAAAUUAUUGGUUUAGUUUCUGAGCCUGCUAGGGAUAAAAAGAUCCCUUACAAUCGUUCUUUAAAUUGGUAUUUUGUUGCUGCUACUUGGUACUAUCUUGAUUUUCCUUCCUUUGUUGAUUUUUUUCAAGAUUCCAUAUAUUCAAACAAAUACUUGACAUUAUUGGUAUUGAACCAUAAGUUUAUCUGUUAUUCCCUUUAUAUAGCGGGAUUUGUUUUCUUUGUGUGGACUUUAAAGAAAGGUUAUUACAAGUUUCAAUUUGCUCAAUUAUGUGUUACUCACAUGGCAUUGUUAUUGAUUGUUUUCCAAGCUCACUUGAUCAUAUCCAAUAUCUUGCGAGGUAUUAUUUGGUUCUUUUUACCAGCAGCAUUAGUCAUUGUUAAUGAUGUGUUUGCUUAUAUCUGUGGAAUAACAUUUGGUAGAACUCAAUUAAUUGAAAUCAGUCCAAAGAAGACUGUAGAAGGUUUUGUUGGUGCUUGGAUUUGUACUGGUAUUGCCACUAUCAUCUUCUCAUACAUCUUGUCAAGAUCUGACUAUAUGAUCUGUCCUGCUCAAAACUUAUCCACACAUUUAUAUAACUACCCACACUGUGAACCAAACCCGGUAUUUAUUCCACACAUCUAUCAAUUGCCUCAAAAUAUAAUUGAUUUAACCGGUUGGGAAAUUAUAUCGUUCAGACCAUUAUACUUCCAUACUGCCAUCUUAGCUACAUUUGCGUCCUUAAUUGCUCCAUUCGGUGGAUUCUUUGCAAGUGGGUUAAAGAGAGCAUUUGGUAUCAAGGAUUUUGGUGAUACUAUUCCAGGUCAUGGUGGUAUCACUGAUAGAUUUGAUUGUCAAUUCAUUAUGGGUUCCUUCACUUAUUUGUAUUAUCAAACUUUUAUAUCCAACAGCAAUCUUAAUUUGGGUAAGAUUUUACAGUUGGCAAUUAUUAAUUUAUCUACUCCACAAUUGAUACAAUUGGUCAAGAGUUUAAUGAGGUAUUUGAAUAGAGAACAUGUUAUUCCUGAUGAUAAUUUAAGUGCUAUCUUUGAUUUAUUAGAAGGUUAACCCUAUAGAUACCAAUGCUCGAAUUGAAAUAUCUUCUUUUUGAUGCCGUUUGAAUCAUACAGUCAUAUUUACUUCAAUAGUAUAUAUUUUUAUAAGUCUUUAAUUUGUAUUGUAAUUUUGCAACUGUUAACUAUGUGUGUUACUCGUUU